GCCGGUCGGCCUACCUACGAUACAUUACGCACCAGUCCCGAUCAAAACUGUUGAGCAGACAAACUUCUCUUCGUCUCCCUCAAAAUUUUAUUCCCAACACUCUCUCGGGAAGCUGGGGAAGGCGGUAUGGAGAAUGUGGAUAUUCAUACGACGCCAGCUUUGGUGCCUCCUCCGGGUAUUACACCAAACCUACAGAACCCGUACUCUCUGGAACGAUAUAUUAUUGCCACUUCUGUGAUAUGUCUAUUUUUAGCGACUUCCGCAACUCUGGCACGGACGUUCACAAAAGCGUAUAUUCUCAAAAAGAUGCAGUUGGAAGACUACUCCCUGAUAUUUUCCACUUCUGGCUUCGCGGCCUUUACUGCAGUAAUAGUUGCCGCUGGAGAAGACGGCGCAGGCCGACAUCAAUGGAACGUAUCCAUCGCAAUGACACAAAGGAUCGGAAUGUACGCCAACGUUGUUGAAAUACUCUAUCCACCGCUCAUGUUCGCCGCCAAAUUCGCCGUGCUCGUCCAGAUCCAGCGCAUAUUCACUGCUCACAAGAAGGACUUUAUCUAUUGGUCCGUUCUGGUCUUAAUUGCCGCGAAUAUCGUCAUGUAUGCCACUAUUUUCUUUGUGUUCAUUUUCGCAUGUAAUCCGAGGGAGAAGAUAUGGAUGCCCCAUCUAGCAGGAAAGUGUUUGAGUGUGAACGCGGCAAUUAUUGCGACAGGUGUAAUGAAUCUAGUCUCGGAUUGUACGAUUCUUGCGCUUCCCUUAAUGGGCAUAAGUGAGUUGCAGAUGCCGUUGAAAAAGAAGAUUGGAGCAGGUGCCGUCUUUGCGACGGGCGUGCUGUGA